AUGAUGGAAGAAAAGGGAAGAGAGAACGGAGUAGCGGCCAUGAAAGCCUGUUACCGGAGAUUUGAUCCUGCAGCUUAUCUGCAGUACAACUACACUCCACCACGGGCUGAUUUCACAAGAAAAGACAGCAUCGUGCCCUGGAAACUGGCAUGCCUGCACAGAGCUUUAACUGAAGGUGAUGUGAGUGGUGAGCUCCUUGUGGACAUAGGUUCAGGUCCCACCCUCUACCAGGUGAUGAGCGGAUGUGAGGUUUUCAGUAAAGUGCUCCUGACAGACUUCCUGGAGGUGAACCGGCAGGAGCUGAGGCGCUGGCUGCAGGAUGAGGGAGGAUGCAGUCUUGACUGGACACCGUACCUGCAGCACGUCUGUGAGCUGGAGGGGCGACGGCCCUCAGCAUGGACUGAGAAAGCCGCCAAGCUACGUCGGGCCAUCGCAGACAUCCUCCCCAUUGACGUGCACUGCUCUCAGCCCCUGGCUCCUGACACCCUUCCUUCAGCAGGGGCCGACUGUCUGGUGUCCUGCUUCUGCCUGGAAAGUGUCAGCCCCGACCUCGCUACCUUCACCAGGGCCCUCGGCCACAUCGGAAAGCUCCUACGCCCUGGUGGCCACCUCCUGCUCAUUGGUGCCCUGGGGGAGAGUUAUUAUUUUGCGGGGCCUGGGGUGAGGAUCCCGGUGGUCCCACUGAAUGAGGCCCAGGUCUGUGCUAGUUUAAAUGAGAGUGGAUACACUCUGAUCCGGCUGGAGGUUUACACACUGACUCAGGAUAUGAGGGUGGGCGUUGAUGAUGUGACUGGAGUGUUUUUUGUAAAGGCAAGAAAGUGA